AUGCCAGUGAACGGUAAUAAUGUUGAUGAAAGACAGUACUGGCAGUCACCGGAACCACUCCAGCUGAAGGACCACGAAUACGACAUAUUUCAACGCUUCGUGACGGGAGUAAGCCUGUGGGUCGACCUGUUCGAUCCCAUGAAACACUUUUCAACUUUGGUGCCGCAUCUUGCGCUCCAUAAUGAGGGUCUCAUGAAGGCGCUUCUGGCCCUGGGCGCUCGGCAUUUGUCGAUCAAACCGCUCCACACUGGCGAGGCCAGUGUUGACCGUACAGCUGCAGUCCAGUACUACUACGAGACUUUACAAUACCUGCAAUCUGCUAUGCGCUUCACGUCAUAUAAAAACAGCCUGGAACUGCUAGCGACCGUACUGAUUGUAAGUACGUAUGAGAUGAUCGAUGGUGCUGGCAGCGGCUGGGAGCGCCAUCUGAAAGGCGUCUUCUGGAUACAACGUAGUCGCGAGAUCAAUGGAGAAUCUGGGGGGUUUGAACAAGCCAUUUGGUGGGCCUGGUUACGACAGGAUGUGUGGGCAGCGUUCAGAGAACAUCGGCGCUGCUUCAGUUUCUUCAAACCAACAAAACCCUAUCAGAAUAUGGACAUCUGGGACAUGGCCUCCAGGGUUGUCUACAUUCUUGCGCAAGCAGUGAACUACAGUUCGCAGGAGGAAAAGAAUCUGGGCGAAUCAGAUUUGACGAAUCGCAUCUUGAGGGCGAACACCUUGCUCAAUAUGUUGGAUGAAUGGAGAGACGGCGUCUCCAUUCACUUCAGCCCGCUCCCUGUUGAGGGACCGUCGAAUCGUCCCUUUAAACCAUUAUGGAUUCACCCAUCAGCAUUUGGCGUCUCAAUUCAAAUGUACUGUAUGGCUCGCAUACUGCUCCUCAUUCAUCAGCCAUCCGCUGGAGGCUAUAUGGAAUACCUGGCACGUGACAAAGUCAUCACAGAGUGUAUCGACACCAUCGGUGGAGCGGCGAUGAAGCUGACCGACGACGCUUCACGCUUAAUGUCUACGCAGUGCCUCUAUGCAGCUGGAUUGUUCUGCACAGACAAUGAUAAGCGAGAACAUAUCGCAGAACUCAUUCGGGAUCACCAAGGACAUACAGGCUGGCCAGUCAAUACAGAUCUGGCCGAAGAGCUGCGGAGUGAAUGGUCCAAGCAAAAGCCAUCGGGUUAA